GCAUCUAACUAUUUAGUCCAGUCUGUUCUAUCCCUCAAUCUUUUUGGAACAACCUCAUAAGUGACCAAAAUGGAGACCACCAUCAGUGAAAAUCCGCCGGUACAGCUAAAAUCCCUCCCAAACUUCCGUCCCGUCGUGUCAGGUCGGCUGUAUCGUUCCUCCCGCCCAGAUUUAAUCACAGAGCAGGAUUACGAGACAGUCCAGAGGCUGGGGUUACGCUGCAUCGUCGAUUUUCGCUCGGUAGGAGAGUACCGAUCCUUCAAAGGGAAGACCAAGUUCGUGGACGAAGACUUCCGGGUUGUGAAAGUCAAGCCACCCACGCGAUGGGGCAGCUCGAACGGUUUACGGUACCGGUACUACAGCGACGGGAGUCAGGAGAAACCGAAGACCAACGGAGAUGUCAAGUCUAGGGGCUUUCAUUACUUUAUCAACUUCUUCACCAUGCAGUACAUCUGGAACGUCUUUACACGGGUCCCAUGGUAUAUGCAGCUGUAUUCUCUGAUGUACCUUGUGUACGAUCUCAUCUUCUGGACCAACUACAUUCACUUUGUAAGGUUCUUUGCCCGAAACUCGCUGAACAAAGCAGGCCUGACUCGCCAGUAUAUAGAUAUUGUGGAACUCAGCCAAGGAGCAAUAUACUCUGUUACUCAAUAG